CUUCUCUUGUGUUUUCCUCACUUUCUCCUCCAUUCUCCUUUUCCCCUUGCCCCGUCUACAGACUCAAGCAUGGAUUGCAGCUGCGUGUCUGAUAUUCUACUGACUCCUUCUAUGCCGGCUCUCUGGACUCCAGGGUUCGCCUUUCCGGACUGGGCCUACAAGCCGGAGUCCAGCCCGGGCUCCAGACAGAUCCAGCUCUGGCACUUUAUUCUGGAGCUUCUUCAGAAAGAGGAAUAUCACGACGUCAUCGCCUGGCAAGGAGACUACGGGGAGUUUGUCAUCAAGGACCCGGACGAGGUGGCGCGGUUAUGGGGGAUACGCAAGUGCAAACCUCACAUGAACUACGACAAGCUGAGCCGAGCCCUCAGAUAUUAUUAUAAUAAGAGGAUUCUACACAAGACGAAGGGCAAACGCUUCACCUACAAGUUCAACUUCAGUAAAGUCGUGCUGGUCAACUACCCUCUGCUGGAAAUGGCCAACUCCUCGCUGCUCCUUGGACAGAACCCCUUCCCUGGGGCACAUUCACAUGACCCCUUCACUCCAGAGGCUCUGCAGUCUCUCUUCUCUCCCACUGGUCGGCCUCCAUUACUAGAUCGUCCUCUUUCCACUCCAGAGACGGAGAAGCUUCGUCUCGAAGCCGCUUUUCCUUUCCUGACCUCAGGUUCUGCGUACAACAAGCCUCCAGCCAUGUUGCCCCCCUACAACCGAAACACCCCAUUUCCUGACUACACCUGGGGCUUUAACCCAUACCUUUCUGGCACUUUCCCUUUAACUGGCUCCAAGUUGCCCCCCUCCCUGUAUCCGCCCCAGUUUUACCCCAGCUCCCUCUCCCAGCUCCCUCCUCCCGUCUCCCUGCUUCCGGGGGACUCCAUGGACAGGUCUAGCAACCUCAUACCCAGUAUACCACAUAGGCUGUGUGCCAGCCUGAAUUCUCACCCGCUGCUGCCCCUGAGAGGAAGCGGAGAACUGGGCGGCACCGGGGCGGUGAGGAGAGACAGAGCCGAGCAGCCCGAAGGGAAACCAGAACCAGAAUCUGACUCGGACCUGGAAAUUACAGACGUGAGCGACUGCAGUUCAGAGGCGGAGGGGUGCGGGUACAGCCCGCCGUGCCCGGGAACCUCGGUUAGAAGGGGCAAAACAGAGGAUGAGCGACCCAAAGGAGCAACCACCAAGAUUUCCCAAGAAAAGCCGGCGGCUCCGCUCAGCUAGACCCGCCGGUUAUUAUACAGAAACUAUAUCUAAAUGUACACUAUAUAUAUAUAUAUAUAAAUAUAUAUAACUAUACGGAUAUAUGGGGGUAAACCGCGUGCCGUGCCAAGCCCUUCAUCCCGAAACAGCAGAAAAUGUAAGCGUUAUACAGUGGUAGCAAGACCUUAGUUAAUUCAUUUGGCUGUCAGGGCAUGCUGGGAGUUGUAGUUUUGUAACACCGGUUGGAGGCCACUGUCCUC